AUGGUCGAGCGGUUGCAUAGGCACCUGAAAUCUGCAAUUAUGGCCUACGAAGAUCCCUCCCAUUGGCAUGAUUUCAUUCCAGUAAUCUUGCUGGGGCUUCGCACCUCGUGGAAGGAGGACCUCGGCUGCACGUCCGCCGAGCUGGUCUAUGGCACCAGUCUUCGACUUCCUGCCGGGUUCUUCGACGCUUCCGCUUCCGAUACCCCGACCCGUUCGGUUUCCAUCGACUUUAUUGACAAGCUUCGCCGGCACUUCUCUCUUAUCAAACCGACACCAAGCAGAGCCAAUCUCACUCGUCCGGCUGUCGUCUCCCCAGAUCUUUCGUCCGCCGCCCAAGUCUUCGUACGGACGGACGCCCUAAGGAGGUCCCUACAACCACCAUACACUGGACCAUACCACGUUUUAGAGCGCCUUCCCAAAUAUUUCGUUCUCGACUGCAACGGACGCAGGGAAACUAUUUCUAUCGACAGGCUCAAGCCUGCCUUCAUCGAGCCGCCCACCCUACCGUUGUCCUUCCCCUUAAGUUCUGACAGCUGCAAACUCACCACCUCCUCCCACCAACCCAAGCACAUGUCUUGGAGCGACCUUGUCGCUUCUGAGGGGAGGGCUACUGUGGCGAAGAAGACGAAUGCCGCUACCCGGUCGGUGCGUGAAUAA